CCUUGGAGCAAGCAGCUUCCUCUGCACUCCCGAUGCCCCCUCAGGGUCACAGCUCGCCUGUGACACCUCUUCCGCGUCCUGUCCCCUCUUUCUCCCUCCAGCCCCUCCUCCCCUUUCAUCGUCCCCAAGUUCCCAUGUCCCCGCCACACCUUCCCCCCAGUCUCUCCCAGCCCUCUAGUCUCUGGUCUCUCCAAAUUCCCCCACUGAGGGGGCGACUUCCUCACAAGUUCUUCCUCUCCCCUCUCUCAGUCCCAUGGGGCUCCCUGUGUUUCCCAAGAUGCCACCAUAUAAACCCUUCCGUGUUCCCUUCAUGGGUCACCCCCACCAGCCCAACUCCCUCGGGCUGACGCAUCCAUCCGUCUCCCUCACCGUAAGCCCAAGUGUCCCCCUCCCGGCCCUCAGAGCCCUCCUGCUCCCCUUCUCUCCCCUCGGAGCCUCCUCCCUCACUCCCUUCCCAGCACCGCCCCAGCCGGACAGCUGGGCACUAAGUUUAGCCUUGGCAGGUGCCUGUGGGCUCUGUUUAUGCUCCAGGUGGCUGUGGGCAUGGGGGACGGGCCUUCCCAGUGCUGCCCGGCCUGGGGAGUCCCUGGGCCUCAGUUUCCCCACCCUGGAGGUGUAGUCUCUGGCCCCCAGCACCAAUGGCUGCCCGCCCGUCUUCUCCCCCAUAGCCCCUGGCGAAGCGGUGCCGCCUCCAGCCCAGAGAUGCCGCCAAGAUGCCCGAGAGCGCUUGGAAGUUUCUCUUCUACCUGGGCAGCUGGAGCUACAGUGCCUACCUGCUGUUUGGCACCGACUACCCCUUCUUCCACGACCCACCAUCUGUCUUCUACGACUGGAUGCCGGGCAUGGCGGUGCCGCGGGACAUCGCAGCCGCCUACCUGCUCCAGGGAAGCUUCUAUGGCCACUCCAUCUACGCCACGCUGUACAUGGACACCUGGCGCAAGGACUCGGUGGUCAUGCUGGUCCAUCACGUGGUCACUCUCAUCCUCAUCGUCUCCUCCUACGCCUUCCGGUACCACAAUGUGGGCAUCCUUGUGCUCUUCCUGCACGAUAUCAGUGACGUGCAGCUUGAGUUCACCAAGCUCAACAUUUACUUCAAGUCCCGCAGUGGCUCCUACCACCGGCUGCAUGCCCUGGCAGCAGACCUGGGCUGCCUCAGCUUUGGCUUCAGCUGGUUCUGGUUCCGCCUCUACUGGUUCCCGCUCAAGGUCCUGUACGCCACCUGUCACUGCAGUCUGCGCACGGUGCCUGACAUCCCCUUCUACUUCUUCUUCAAUGCGCUUCUGCUGCUGCUCACCCUCAUGAACCUCUACUGGUUCCUGUACAUCGUGGCGUUUGCAGCCAAGGUGUUGACAGGCCAGGUGCGCGAGCUGAAGGACCUGCGGGAGUACGACGUGGCCGAGGCCCAAAGCCUGAAGCCCAGCAAAGCCGAGAAGCCACUGAGGAACGGCCUGGUGAAGGACAAGCGCUUCUGAAUCCCUCGGCCCCGCCCCCGUGGACCCGGCCACGCCCCCCAUCCUUGGCGCUCCUCCACCCUCUCCAACUCCACGCCUCUAGGGCCGUGGCCACCUCCCCUGGGACCCCCGCUCCCUCAUCCUGCCUCCAUUCCCCGGCCACGCCCCCCAGGACCCCGCCCCUCAGGGAACACCGACCCCGCCCUCAGCCCACUGGUCCCCGGCCGCGGUGGACCCUGUGCACUCUCUGGCCAUCACCUGGGAGGAAGAUGCUACCGCCGCGGCAAGGUCCCGGCGGCCAACACCUCCUCCUCCUCCUCCUGGUCCCCCUGCUGCCCUCGCUACCCCCGACCCGCGCCUCGGUCCCUCCAGGCCCAGCCGCCGCCCUGCUCCAGGCUCUCGGGCUGCGCGAUGCGCCCCAGGGCACCCCCAGGCUCCGGCCAGUUCCCCCGGUCAUGUGGCGCCUGUUUCGACGCCGGGACCCCCAGGAGACCAGGUCUGGCUCGCGGCGGAUGUCCCCAGGGGUCACCCUGCAACCGUGCCACGUGGAGGAGCUGGGGGUCGCCGGAAACAUCGUGCGCCACAUCCCGGACCGCGGUGCGCCCACCCGGGCCUCGGAGCCUGCCUCGGCUGUGGGGCAUUGCCCUGAGUGGACAGUCGUCUUCGACCUGUCGGCUGUGGAUCCCGCUGAGCGCCCGAGCCGGGCCCGCCUGGAGAUGCGUUUCGCGGCAGCGGCGGCCCCGGAAGGCGGCUGGGAGCUGAGCGUGUCGCAGGCGGGCCAGGGGGUGGGCGCGGGCCCCGGGCCGGUACUGCUCCGUCAGUUGGUGCCCGCCCUGGGGCCGCCAGUGCGCGCGGAGCUGCUGGGCACCGCUUGGGCUAACAACACCUCAUGGCCGAGCAGCCUCCGCCUGGCGCUGGCGCUGCGCCCCCGGGCCCCUGCCGCCUGUGCGCGCCUGGCCGAGGCCUCGCUGCUACUGGUGACCCUUGACCCGCGCCUGUGCCACCCCCUGGCUCGGCCGCGGCGCGACGCCGAACCCGUGUUGGGCGGCGGCCCCGGGGGCGCUUGUCGCGCGCGGCGGCUGUACGUGAGCUUCCGCGAGGUGGGCUGGCACCGCUGGGUCAUUGCGCCGCGUGGCUUCCUGGCCAACUACUGCCAGGGCCAGUGCGCACUCCCCGUCACGCUGUCGGGGUCCGGGGGGCCGCCCGCGCUCAACCACGCUGUGCUGCGCGCGCUCAUGCACGCGGCCGCCCCGGGAGCCGCCGACCUGCCUUGCUGCGUGCCCGCGCGCCUGUCACCCAUCUCCGUGCUCUUCUUUGACAACAGUGACAACGUGGUGCUGCGGCAGUAUGAGGACAUGGUGGUGGACGAGUGCGGCUGCCGCUAACGCGGGGCGGGCGAGGACGCGGGCCCAACAAUAAACGUCGCGUGGUCUGCUC